GGUCGGCGGAUUUUGGGAUAAGCCUGGAUCUAUUGACGGUGUGUACAACGGGGACAUCUCACCGAUGAGCAGUACAGGCUCCAUGACGACAUACCCAGGAGAUGCGUUCAAGAUUAAAUGCAAUGACCAGUUGGUCGAGCGGUUCGUCAUGGACCGCAACAGGCGCGUGUAUGUGUUGGAGCCAGAGCCCUCAGACGAAAGCGCGCGUAGCAGUCCAGAGUAUCUGCGGCACCAGCACGAGGCCAAGGUGGAGCAGGAGUAUUUCGCCAGGACCGGCAUGCCUUGGCUCGGGGCACAUCCCCCUGACCCGGCGUCGAAUCCCAUGUACGCCGCCGGCAGCACCAUUGGGCAGGUGGUCCACACCCUGAGCGUCCGAGGGCUGGAAGGGCCGCGCGACUUGGUCGCGCUGUCCUGGAACCCUGCAGGACCGCGGGCAUUCCUAAUUGAGAGUGUGCUAACCCCAGAGGAGUGCGCCCACGUCAUCAGCAUCAGCAAGGAUAGGCUGGGAUCUUCGCUGAUCGGCGCUGUUGCUGGCAAGUCUGGGGGUUUCGAAUCUCAAACCAGAACCUCGAAGAUGACAUUCAUCAGCCGAUCCACGUCGAAGGAGCUGGAAGCCAUGCAUCACAAGUUUGCGGACAUCCUCAAUGUCUCCGACAAGGAGCUCCGGCUAGCAGGCGAGGACCUCCAAGUUGUCCGCUACGAGCAGGGCCAGGAGUAUGCCCCCCACUACGACUACACAAGGGGAGGAAACGUGGACCGUCUGGCGACUCUGCUGGUCUACUUGGGAGAUGGCGGAGGCACCAUCUUUCCGCGGGCAUUCGACGAUCGCGGCUUGAUGAUUCAUCCCAAACAGGGUGACGCGAUCCUGUUCUAUUCGCAGCUGCCCGACGGUAACUUGGACGAGCUGUCGCUGCAUGGUGGCAUGCCCGUGGCGAAGGGCACCAAGUGGGUCUGUAACCUCUGGCUGCACUCACACAGCGAUCGCCGGUGGAAUGCCCCCAAGCCCGAGAGACCCGAGCUAUAA